UGGUGUCCAAGAGAGAAAUAUUAUUUGGAUUUAGAAGAAUGAUUUCCAUGAAAUGUAGAUCGGUGUGAUAUAAAACAAACAGCGAGAACUGCACCCAUGGCUUUCAGAAGCAAAGUAGCCGACACAAAGACGGUAAUUCUGCAUUUGUUGCUGUGCUUGGCUAUUUUCUACACCCUCUACUACAUGAUCGGCAGCGUCUGCUUUGGUGCUUUCAAGCUUGAUCAUUUCGAUGGGCUCAUACCAUUUGACUUUAAGACAGAACCCUCCGAAUCCAACUCAAAAUACCUUGUGAACUUGCUGUCGAUGCAGCUCACCUAUUUCAGCAGCGGGCUCCUGUUUGCCGCGGUGGUGAAGCGCUGGGUGUGGGAUUAUGCCAUCACUGUCACCCUGGUGCAUGUUGGACUGACCUCCGCAGUAAUGCUGGAGUUCCCUCUUGUGUGGCAGUGGUGGCUGGCUCUGGGCAGUGGCUUGUUCCUGAUGAUCUGCAAUGGUCAGCUGAUUGCGUACUUUGCCUGCGAGAAUGACCACAGCCAUCCCACGCUCGACAGCUACUGACUGACCACUCUGUAGCAAUCAGCACGGAGCUCCACUCUGUCACAUCCUUGGGGAUGUUGGGGGGUCAAAUACAUUCCACAGACUACAACAGCUUUACUCCUGGACUAAUAAUACCAUAAUGUCGAUGUCAAGAAAGCCGUGUUUGUGGUAUUCAAAAUACAGGAUGAGGACACUGUACAUUAUGCGCCCUUUAUAAGGCCAAGAACGGUUCGUUGUUUUAGUAAAAUUCAUUGGAGUUUAAGAGGUCACUUCAACUGCAUCCAGAAAAUUGGCAAUCCUAACACAACACACAUUGGUCUACAUGAGGUCUGGUAGAUCAUAUGGGGAAGAUGACAGCUGCAAAGAAGUGUGGCAUCUGAAACACAAUCUCGCUAGACCAAGACACUGAAUGCAGAUCGUAAUCCAGCUGUUUAUCACAGUAGCUUGUUAAAGCCGCUACAAACGGUAAGUCAUACCUUCAGGAGCUUGCUGGUUCGAAUCCUGGUUGUGUUGAGUUGCCGAUCUUGGUUGGGGGCUCACAAGGAGCACUUAGUUGGCCUUUUGCAAUCGCCUGGACAUAGUUUACCUCACAGUGCUUCGCAUGACACCUUCUGGUCAGGCAUCCUGGGGUCACAGACAGUGCCUGUCAAUUGAACUUUACUUAAUUUAUUUCAAAUAGUGCCAAAAAAGUCUUCUGAUGAGUGUGUGGUUUAAACAUUUCCCCUUUUUUGUUGUUGUUUGUGGUCUGCAUCAUCAAAAUCAGUCACAUAUAGACCUGUAGAAAAUGUGUUGUUAAUAAAAAUGAAAAUACACUGUUACAUUUUAAUAUUUCACAACAGUUUCUGCAACUCCUUGUAAUGCAUGUCACACGUACAAAGGUCAUUUUAAAGUUACCUUCCCAAGGAACCCAUGUUAUAAACUCACAUAAACCAGGAACUUGGGCAAUCAGGCCCCUUGCUAAAUGCACUCCAGUCACACUUACCACAGCAUGAAACAGCAGGUUGUGAAUGAGGUGAAUGGCAGUCAUGUGUGGAUCAUGAAUUAUUAAGAUAGUAUAAACAGGGUAUAAUAAGAGUUAUUCAGCUCUAUUGAUGGAAUAUUUCUUGUAACACAGGUCGAACAAGAACACCCUGUACAGAAUUCAUGUACAACACGUCAACAAUGUUGUUGAGAAAGGCAGUUGUUUGUGUAUUAAAUAUACAUUGAAAUCAUGAUUCUGAUUGUACUGUUGCUUAAUCCGUAUCUUUAAAAUGUAAUGAAAAGCUUCUUUUAAACUGGUCUUAAUUUAACAGAUGUAAUUACACACCCUUGAAGCAGCUGGUGGG